UCAUUUCAUUUUUCUGUUUAAUUUUCUUUUCCAACUUAAAAAAAAACAAAAGCAUACACACACAAGAACCAAAAACAAAGCAAAUUUCCAGAAUAAGAAUCUAAUCUCUACUCGUAAUAUAUUUUGUUCAACUUGGAACAUAUUUUAAAAAAAAUAAAAAUCUCUCCUCUUUUUUUUUUUUUUUAUCGCGAUGGCGGAAGAAUUUCAACUAGGUAGAGGAAAUUGGUGGGAAUCAUCAACUUCAGCUUCAUCAACAACAACAACAUCAUCAUCUAGAAAUAAGUUUAUCGAUAGCGGAAUUUCAUCAUGUACAACUCCUUCAGCAUCGAGUACAACCGGUCUAAGCAGCAUGGCAAGCAACUUUGUUAAUUGGCCAAUAGAAAUUCAUGAGGAUAUUAAAGUUAGAUCCGAAAAUAGUUCUAUGGUUUUCUCGGGCACGGAUUCCCAUAAACGUUACGCCUCCGGAGGAGGAGGUGGAGGCGUGGGGCAAGGUGUUUUAUCUGUUGAUGAUCCUAAUUUACAAAUAAUGGGGUUAGGUCUAUCUUCUCAAGGACUUGAUUGGAAUCAACCUUUUUUUCGUAGUGAAAAAUCGGGGAGUGGUUUUCGUUCGUUAAUUCAAGAAGGGUUGAGUUCAAAUGCAAAUUAUCAACAAGAAGGAACAUGUCAAGAACAAGAUCAUAAUAAUUGGAGUACGCAAAAAUUAUAUCAUGGGAAUUCUGAUGAUUCUUCAGUAAAUGAUUAUAAUAAACAAUUAUUUAGUGGUCAUAAUAAUAAUCUUGAAAAUUCAGCAGUACCUUAUGGAAGUCCAUCAAAUAUGUUACAAGGGUUAUUAAUUUCUGACCUUAAUAGUCAACAACAAGAAUCAAAUAAUUUUUCAAGUGUUAGUAGAUCUUUAUAUUAUAAUCCUUCAUAUAAUAACCAACCAAAUUGUGAUGUCAAUAUUCCUACUUCUACUUCAUCAUCAUCUUGGUCUAAAUUUCCUCAAUUUCUUCGAACAUCUGAUCCUUCAAAAGUAGUACAACAGUGGUCACUGUCACAAUCACCACCGCUAUCUCAUAGCCAGUUGUCACAUUUCUCUGGUGGCACGUCUUUUUGGAACGCCACAUCAGCUGCCGCGGAGGACGUCCGAUCGGGUUUCCUCCCUCAGCUCCCCACCAACCCAACGGUUGAUGAGAAACCAAAGCAUACAGGUGAAGUUAGGAAUACAAGCACAGUAACAAAGAAAAAUAGCAGUGAAACAUCAAAUAAAAGACCAAGGAAUGAAGCACCAUCUCCAUUGCCAGCUUUUAAGGUGAGGAAAGAGAAAAUGGGAGACAGAAUCACUGCACUUCAACAAUUAGUCUCACCUUUUGGAAAGACUGAUACAGCUUCUGUGCUAUCGGAAGCAAUCGAGUACAUAAAGUUCCUCCAUGACCAAGUUAAUGUAUUAAGCACCCCAUACAUGAAAAGUGGAGCUUCCAUACAACAUCAACAGAAUACUGGUGAUAAAUCCAAUGUAAAUCCAGAAGGAGGAAAACAAGAUCUUAGAAGUCGAGGAUUAUGUUUGGUCCCAGUUUCUAGUACCUUUCCAGUAACGCAUGAAACAACAGUUGAUUUUUGGACUCCCACCUUUGGAGGAACAUUUAGAUAAUCAAGACAAAGAAGAUUAUAGUUGUACGAGUCUAAGUUAUAUACAUCGUCAGUAUAAAGAAUUUUUUAUACUAUCAGGUCAUUUUUUAUUUGUUAUAGCAGAUCAUUUAUCUUGUUUUUUUCAAGAUUAGAAAUGUAAGGACGUAUGCUUACCUGUAGAUAUCUUUUGAAUCAUGACCUGAUAGUGUAUAAAUGAUUCUUUAUGUAUAUUGACGGUGUAUAAAACUUAAAAGACCUGAUAGUGUAUAAAUGAUUCUUUAUGUAUAUUGACGGUGUAUAAAACUUAAAACUUUUUGUUAUCAAACCCUAGAAAAGUGGGGGAUGAUAUGAAUAAAGAGGGCAAAAAAGAAAUUAUUUUUUGUAGGGGCCAUAUAACUAAUUACAGUACUAGCUAGUAGUAUUAUUUCAGGUCCAUAGCAGGCUGA